AUGAUAUCUGUUCAGCAUCUAAAACAUCCUCUGUACGUUUACAAACAGGAUAAUUGCCCAUUGGUUGCCAACUUCUACCAGACAGACGUUGACGGUGAUGGGGUGGGUGAUGUCUGUGACAACUGCCCCACGGACAUCAACACAGACCAGAAAGACACCGACGGGGACGGGUGGGGGGACGCGUGUGAUCAGGACAGCGAUGGCGACGCACUCAUCGACAGCCAGGACAACUGCCCAUUCCAGCUCAAUGCCGACCAGACUGAUUCUGACGGAGAUGGUAUUGGAGACGUUUGCGACAACUGUCCCAAUGUACCAAACGCGGAUCAGGUAAUGGUUUAG